UGACCCGCCUGCGGCCUGACCCUGGAGUGGGCCGAGGCGACCACGCUGCAGACGACGGUCCUGCGGCUGGAGCAGAGCCCGCUGCCUUCGGACAUGGCGUCGCCCGAAGACCCACUGGCGGCUGCCACCGUCGGCUUCCGAACCUCGCCCAGUGAGCGCAUGCCUAACGGGCUCACGUACCAGGCGACCCAGUCGGGCCUCAAGGUCACUGUGCACGAGAACCCGCUCAGCACAGUGCUGGAGUACCGCAGGACGCCGUCGCCCGUCACGCCGUACCAGGACGCGAGCCGGCCGGACGCCGUGCUCGGCCUGCCCAUCCUGUCGACGGCGGCCGGGCGCGACGCGCUGCCCGGCAAGAAAGCCUCGCGCGACGAGUCGUGCGCCAGCUUCGGCGUCCAGCGGCCCAGCGAAGCCAAGCCAGCGGCGCACCCGUCGGGGGCGCAGCGAGCACGUGACCUCUCACUGCUCGCGUUCGUCACCCUGCUGGCAGCGGCGUGCUGCGUGCUCGCCUACCUGGCAUUCGUGGCGCCCAGGGCGCCCUCCGACCGGGUCGUCUACCACGAUCUCUCAUCAAAAAUCUGCCUCACUCCGGAGUGCGUGAAAACAGCGUCGUCCCUGCUGAACGGCAUGGAUCAGAGCGCGGACCCGUGCUCAGACUUCUUCCAGUACGCAUGCGGCUCGUGGAACAAGCGGCACCAGAUUCCAGAGGACCGGCCCAGCAUCUCCACCUUCGAGGUGCUCUCCGACGAGCUGCAGAUCAUACUCAAAGAUUUGCUCGAGGAGCCGCCGAACCCGUAUGACAACAGUGCCACCAUCAAGGCAAAGACACUUUACAACUCAUGCAUGAAACUGAACGUGAUCGAGGAGAUCGGCGACCAGCCCCUGCGCGUGGUGCUCCGUAGCCUGGGCGGGUGGCCCGUGACCGAGCCCAACUGGACGGCGCCUCCGUGGGGCGUCGAACGGCUACUGGGAGACCUGCGCGGGCGCUUCGACCAAGGGGUCGUCGUCGAGCAGUGGGUCGGACCCGACGACAAGAACUCCUCCGUCAACAUCAUACAGAUCGACCAGCAGCUGGCGUUCGGCCUUCCGAGCCGCGAGUACUACCUGAAGGAGAGCAGCGAGAAGGACCGGCGCGCCUACCACCGCCUCAUGGUCGAGGUGGCGCAGCUGCUGGGAGCCGAGCCGAGGGACGCGCACCUCCAGAUGGAGCGGGUGCUCGCGCUGGAGACGCAGCUGGCCAACAUCUCUGUGCCCGAAGCGGACCGGCAUGACACAGGUUCCAUCUACAACAAGAUGACACUGCGGGCUUUGUCUGAAAUGGUGCCGGUGUUCAACUGGACCGAGUACCUGUCGGUGUUCCUUCCCGUGGAGGUGUCGCCGGACGAGCCGCUGGUGGUCUACUCGGUGCCUUACCUGCAGCAGGUCGGCCAGAUUCUGGUCGACACCGACAAACGGACGCUGCACAACUUCGGCGUGUGGCGCCUGGUGAACUACCUGCUGGCCUACCUGGACGGCGAGUACGCGCACAAGCGAAACGCGUUCCGCAAGGUGAUGCUGGGCGUGUCGGCGGACAAGGUGCGCUGGAACCACUGCGUUGAGCUCGCCAACAAGAAGAUGGGCAUGGCCGUCGGCGCGCUGUUCAUACGCGACAACUUCGACCCGCACAGCAAGGAAACCGCGCUGGAGAUGAUACACAACAUUCGCGAGGCUUUCAACGAGCUGCUCAAGGAGAACGACUGGAUGGACACCGAGACACGCAAGGUCGCCGAAGAGAAAGCCAAUGCUAUGAAUGAAAGGAUCGGCUAUCCGGAACUUCUCACUAAUCCGUACGAGCUGUCAAAGGAAUAUGACUCGUUGGUGGUGCACGAAGACCUGUACCUGGACAACGUGUUCAACAUCCUGCACUUCGAGGCCACCCGCAACCAGCUCAAGCUACGACAACCCGUCAACAAGGAGAAAUGGACUACGGAACCAGCCGUAGUGAACGCAUUUUACAACCCAAACAAGAACGACAUCGUCUUCCCGGCCGGCAUUCUUCAGCCUCUCUUCUACAGCCACCAUUUCCCCAAGUCCCUCAACUACGGUGGCAUAGGAGUUGUCAUAGGUCACGAGAUUACUCACGGCUUCGACGACAAAGGUCGGCAAUUCGACAAGGAUGGGAACCUGCAGCCCUGGUGGAACAACAAGACUGUGCAAACGUUCCGCGAGAGGGCUCAGUGCAUGGUGGACCAGUAUUCCAGCUACGUCCUCGAAGACGUCAACCUCAACAUCAAUGGCAAGAUGACCCAGGGAGAGAACAUCGCCGACAACGGAGGACUCAAGCAGGCGUACCGGGCGUACAAGAAGUGGGUCAAGCAACACGGCGAGGAGCCCCUGCUGCCGGGCAUCAGCCUCACGCACGACCAGCUGUUCUUCCUCAACUACGCUCAGAUAUGGUGCGGCUCUAUGAGACCCGAGGAAGCCCUGAACAAGAUCAGAACUUCAGUCCACUGUCCAGGACCGAUCAGGGUUCUGGGACCACUGUCCAACUCGUACGACUUCUCCCGAGCCUACCACUGCCCCAACACGAGCCGCAUGAAUCCAGCCAAGAAGUGCUCCGUCUGGUGAAAGAGGGCGGCAGCAGAGUGCGCGAGCGACUGGCGGCGAGAAAACAAGGAGCGGGCCUCAACGCCAGACGCCUCGUAGCUGUGGGCUGCUGGACCAUUGGUUCAAAGCGUACUACUAAAGCACGUCCUAUAUUAAACCACGUGACUGACGUGCCUGCGUUGCACCAGGGAACUGGGAGACGAAACAGAAGCUGUGUCCUGACACCAGUGCGGCGACAGAAAAUAGCCACGCGACGGCAGUGAUGGCAACGCUGCCGCGCUGAUGGCAAAGUGUGCGCGAAACGACUGCGGCGAACGGUUCGCGUUUCUCUCUUUCGAACGUCUUAGCGGCGACACCAGAGAGAACUGCGCCGAUGCCGACACCUUCCGAACUUCGUGCUGAGCGGCGGUGGGCACCCGGACACUUGUUCUGGAUGCGAUUCUCUAUAUGCCACGCUGCCAGUGGCAACUUCACUCUCAGCAUUGCGAAGUCAAGCUUGUAAAAAAAAAAAGGCAACGUGAAACAAAAGAGCGUUUUCGUUUACGCGACUUGUAAGACUGUUCACAUGUGCAUAUUACCGCGAUUGCGAAGAGAGCGACAUUGUUGUUAGCAGGUGUUUUUACAUAUCUGUCUUUCGGAGGUGUUACGUGUACGUUGACAACAACCUAAGGUGUAAUCAGAACUGUACACUUUAAACAUCGCGCAAGUACGGCGCCCUCGUCUGAAUAUCCCCGCGAAAUUAAAAGACUUUCCCGACGACUGUCUCGAUUUUUUCUUUCCUUUUAUUUUCCUUUCUUGCUUGAAUGCAUUCACGGCGACGCACGAAGAUGCAGGUAGCCGGCUAGCCAGCAUCCUUGUUGCAACAAGGACAUU